GGUACUUAAGCUAACGCCUCUCCACGCCCACUGUCACUCAUCCCCUUCAUCCUUAAUGCUUCAAACUUCAAACCUCAACCUCCUCCAAGACUUCUUCAUAGGUUGAGGUUACAUGUAAAUGUACUGUGUGUUAAAUUAGCAGAGCUAUUGAGUGGCUUAGCAUAAUCGAUUUUGAGCGUAAUAUACUGUUGUAAAGUGCAUCAUCUCAUCCGACAGUUAGCUCUUCAUAGCUUGCUUGUCACCAUGGAGAAAUCCAAAUCACCACUAUUAGCCGAUCCAUCGCCAGUAUCGCAGCCACAGCGUGGUCCAUCAUGUCCAAAGGCACUGGUUGUCCUUGGAUUGGUUGGACUUGCUACAUUCUAUAACCACCUCCCCAGUCUAUCCUAUGAAGGGUUUAGUGAACAAUACUAUGACGUCCUAGCUGGCAGCACCGUACCAUCUUGGGACAAAGAGAACCCCUAUGGAGAGUUCCCGCGCCUCGGUGAUCCGUUCCGCUUCAUCCCUUGUACCAACACCAGCCUUCCAGCCGCCCUCGACGAUCCCAUUCCGGAAGCAAGCUGGGCAUUUCAGUACGACCCGAAUCCCGAGCACUGGAGCUGGGGUAACACGACUACGGGUGAUGGUGACCAGAAUGAUCCGUAUGAAGGGAGGGGCAUAUAUCUAUGUGGCUACUUAGAUGUCCCCCUAGACUACACCAACGCGUCUGAUUCACGCAUUGCUCGGCUUGCGAUAACAAAAUAUCAGGUCUCGGGACUUUUCCGGUACGACACAAGCCCUGAAGGUGGUGUUGAACCAUUUGCUGGGGGCAAGAGUGAGCGCACGAUCGUGAUUGAGCCUGGCGGCCCGGGAGGAAGUGGCACAUCUUACGUCUGGAGGGCCGCUGAAGAUAUCACAAAGCGACUCAGCGAUGGCAAAUUCGAUGUUUUGGGAUGGGAUCCGCGUGGUGUCAAUAUCACUUUGCCUUCCAUCGCCUGCUUCCCGUACAAUGCCGAUCGAGAUCGCUGGUCUAUGCUGACGAAUCAGUACCGCGAGGUAUCCGCGUCGCCAGAGGCCCAGCUUGAGGUUGCUGAUGCUAUGAAUAACGCUACCUUCCGUGCUUGCUGGGAGAGACACGGUGAUCUGGCACGGUUUGUCGGCACGUCUUUCGUUGCGCGCGAUAUGGAGGAAAUCCGCAAGAGACUCUGGGAAGCCGAGUUGACGGGUUACCUUGUCAGCUAUGGCACCGGCAUUGGACAGACCUGGGCCAAUAUGUUUCCAGACAGCGUCGGUCGCGUCAUUCUUGAUGGAACUGAGUACGUCCGCGACCAUCGCCUCUUGGGUGGCUUUGGAUGGACUGCGCUAGACAAUGCCACCGACGCCUGGCGCGACGGAUUCCUCGGCGAAUGUCUUCGUGCCGGGCCGGAAUACUGUGCCCUCGCUCAGCCGAGAGAUCAUUCCGGUCCCGUAUCUCUGCAGGAAUUAGAGAUCCGCAUGCAACAGUUGGUGUACUCGCUCAGUCAACGACCAAUUCCGGGUUAUUACGAGCCAAGCGGCCCGUCGCUAGUUACCUACUCUGCAUUGGUAGCUGCUAUCUACGGUUCCAUGUACAAUGCCAAUAGCUGGCCUGCCCUCGCGCAGAUGUUAUAUGAGCUGGAAGCUGGCAACUCGACAUUGGCCACAGCCUUCCUCGACCGUUCGGACUGGGAGUACAAUCCCACGUUGCCGUCGCCGCCCUCCCCGAAACCUUCGACCGACGAGCUUGGGUCCCUAGUCAUCUGCGCAGACUCCUACGAUGCACCGCAACCUCCUGAGGGCAUCGUGUGGUGGCAAUCCCUGUGGGCUAAUAUGACCACUCAAGCUUGGAUCUCGGGCAACUCGCGAUUCUUCAACGUCUUCCCUUGCCGCCACUUCACCACGUACUGGCCGAAGCCGGCAGAAGUUUACCGUGGUGACCUCAACCACACACUCAAGAACCCCGUCUUGCUCAUCGCGGAGACGUAUGAUCCUGCAACGCCUCUGCGGAACGGGAGAAGGCUUCUUACUGAGAUGGGAGACAAUGCAAGGCUGAUCGUGCACCACGGCUAUGGGCAUUCGUCCAGAGACAAAUCGGCUUGCACGGAUUCACUCGCAAAGGCCUACAUUCUGAACGGUACGGUACCGAGUGAACAAGAGACUCCCUGCUACGCGGAUGAGAAGCCUUACCUAUACGGUGUCAAUACGACGGUGUUCCAGUCCAAGGCGGGUAUCUCUCAGGACCCUAUCCAGGCAUGGCAACAGCAUAUCCAGGAGUUAGCGAUGUGGAAUCCGAAGUUGACUUCCAUGAUGUGAUUGCGCUUAGCUUGUUUGGGAUACAUCACAUAGUGAUCUGGUUGAAUCGUGGUCUUUGGAUUUGGAACUUUCAAGGCAAUUUUAUGACUACAACACUACUAUAGUAUCAACUUCAUGUGUCUUCGAUAGCUAUGCAAGUUAUCACCAACACUAUAUGUAUAUAUCUCUAAUAAUGCUCCUUAACCUAUAUACAAACAAAUACACCAAGUAACUUAUAAGAGGAAGAAAGAAAGAAAAUAAGAAAAUGAAAGAAAAAGGGGGAAAGCCACAUAAGGAAUUAUCGCAGCCGUCCAAGCAUAUUUCCUCUUAGAAUAAACACGUCAUAGCAAGUCGAAUAUCCAAUGCCGCGCUUCUCAAAGCUUUUCCGAGCCCCAGAUAUGUGAUGCAAUAGUAUAUAUCACCUAUACUUACUAUCCGCAUAGUUAAGUGUAGGUGCUCAUACUCGUGGCGCUCAUCAGUGCUUGCAGAUGUACUGCCCCUUGCUGGGGUUGCUAAGCGUGGGUGGGUUCGUGUCGGCUUCUCCCCAGACCCAGUUGGCUGUAAAAGCAUUAGCAU